ACAAAUACCACGAUGCGCUCAGCCAACAAUUCAUUACGCUCUCUGAAGAGUAACUGGACAAGAAGAAAAACAUAGGGAAAAAACCAACAGAAUUUGUUGGCAUGUUCUACACACAGACCAUGGCUUUUCAGAAGCCAAGCUGAAUAAAAACAGUUUUAAAAGAGGCAACCAUUUGUAGAGGAGUCCUUGAAGGAUUCUUCAUUGUUUUCUUGGACAAAAAGAGACCAGUGGAUCCAAGUGCUUCAAAUACUUCUCUCUUAUUUUCUUAACUCUAUUGCUCUACAAUAUUUACUUUACCCUGUUAAUGAACAGGACAAAAUGGUUAAAAAAGAGAUAAGUGUGUGUCAACAAAUUCAGGCUCUUCUGUACAAGAAUUUUCUUAAAAAAUGGAGAAUAAAAAGAGAGAGUUUAUUGGAAUGGACAAUAACAUUGUUUAUAGGGCUAUAUUUGUGCAUCUUUUCGGAACACUUCAGAGCUACCUGUUUUCCUGAACAGCCUCCUAAAGUCCUGGGAAGUGUGGAUCAGUUUAAUGACUCUGACCUGGUAGUGGCAUAUACACCAGUCAGUAACAUAACACAAAGGAUAAUGAAUAAGAUGGCCUUGGCUUCCUUUAUGAAAGGAAGAACAGUCCUUGGGACACCAGAUGAGACCAUGGAUAUAGCACUUCCAAAAAAGUACCAUGACAUGGUGGGAGUUAUAUUUAGUGAUACUUUAUCAUGUCGGCUGACGUUUAAUUGGGGAUAUAGAAUCCCAGUUAUAAAGGAGCACUCUGAAUACACAGAGCACUGUUGGGCCAUAUAUGGUGAAAUUUUUUGUUACUUGGCAAAGUACUGGCUCAAAGGGUUUGUAGCUUUUCAAGCUGCAAUUAAUGCUGCAAUUAUAGAAGUCACAACAAAUCAUUCUGUAAUGGAGGAGUUGACAUCAGUUAUUGGAAUAAAUAUGAAGAUACCACCUUUCAUUUCUAAGGGAGAAAUUAUGAAUGAAUGGUUUCUUUUUACUUGCUUAGUUUCUUUCUCUUCUUUUAUAUACUUUGCAUCAUUAAAUAUUGCAAGGGAAAGAGGAAAAUUUAAGAAACUGAUGACAGUAAUGGGUCUCCGAGAGUUGGCAUUCUGGCUCUCCUGGGGAUUGACAUAUGUUUGCUUCAUCUUCGUUAUGUCCAUUUUUAUGGCUCUGGUCAUAACAUCAAUCCCAAUUAUAUUUCAUACUGGCUUCAUGGUGAUAUUCACACUCUUUAGCUUAUAUGGCCUUUCUUUGAUAGCAUUGGCUUUCCUCAUGAGUGUGUUAAUAAGGAAACCUAUGCUCGCUGGUUUGGCUGGAUUUCUCUUCACUGUAUUUUGGGGAUGUCUGGGAUUCACUGUGUUAUAUAGACAACUUCCUUCAUCUUUGGCAUGGGUAUUAAGUCUUCUUAGCCCUUUUGCCUUCACUACUGGAGUGGUCCAGAUUACACGCCUGGAUAAUUACUUAAAUGGUGUUAUUUUUCCUGAUCCCUCUGGGGAGUCAUACAAAAUGAUAGCCACUUUCUUCAUUUUGGCAUUUGAUACUCUUUUCUAUUUGAUAUUCACAUUAUAUUUUGAGCGAGUUUUACCUGAUAAAGAUGGCCAUGGGGAUUCUCCAUUAUUUUUCCUUAAGUCUUCGUUUUGGUCCAAACAUCAAAAUACUCAUCAUGAAAUCUUUGAGAAUGAAAUAAAUCCUGAGCAUUCCUCUGAUGAUUCUUCUGAACCGGUGUCUCCAGAAUUCCAUGGAAAAGAAGCCAUAAGAAUCAGAAAUGUUAAAAAAGAAUAUAAUGGAAAGACUGGAAAAGUAGAAGCAUUGCAAGGCAUAUUUUUUGACAUAUAUGAAGGACAGAUCACUGCAAUACUUGGGCAUAAUGGAGCUGGUAAAUCAACACUGCUAAACAUUCUUAGUGGAUUGUCUGUUUCUACAGAAGGAUCAGCCACUAUUUAUAAUACCCAACUCUCUGAAAUAACUGACAUGGAAGAAAUUAGAAAGAAUAUUGGAUUUUGUCCACAGUUCAAUUUUCAAUUUGACUUCCUCACUGUGAGAGAAAACCUCAGGGUAUUUGCUAAAAUAAAAGGGAUUCAGCCAAAGGAAGUGGAACAAGAGGUAAAAAGAAUUAUAAUGGAAUUAGACAUGCAAAGCAUUCAAGACAUUAUUGCUAAAAAAUUAAGUGGUGGGCAGAAGAGAAAACUAACAUUAGGGAUUGCCAUCUUAGGAGAUCCUCAGGUUUUGCUGCUAGAUGAACCAACUGCUGGAUUGGAUCCCUUUUCAAGACACCAAGUGUGGAGCCUCCUGAAGGAGCAUAAAGUAGACCGAGUUAUCCUCUUCAGUACCCAAUUCAUGGAUGAGGCUGACAUCUUGGCUGAUAGGAAAGUAUUUCUGUCUAAUGGGAAGUUGAAAUGUGCAGGAUCAUCUUUGUUUCUGAAGCGAAAGUGGGGUAUUGGAUAUCAUUUAAGUUUACACAGGAAUGAAAUGUGUGACACAGAGAAAAUCACGUCCCUUAUUAAGCAGCACAUUCCUGAUGCCAAGUUAACAACAGAAAGUGAAGAAAAACUUGUAUAUAUUUUGCCUUUGGAAAAAAUGAACAAAUUUCCAGAUCUUUACAGUGACCUUGAUAAGUGUUCUGACCAGGGCAUAAGGAAUUAUGCUAUUUCAAUGACAGCUCUGAAUGAAGUAUUCUUGAACCUAGAAGGAAAAUCAGCAAUUGAUGAACCAGAUUUUGACAUUGGGAAACAAGAGAAAAUAUAUGUGACAAGAAACACUGGAGAUGAGUCUGAAAUGGAACAGGUUCUUUGUUCUCUUCCUGAAACAAGAAAGGCUGUCAGUAGUGCAGCUCUCUGGAGACGACAAAUCUGUGCAGUGGCAACACUUCGCUUCUUAAAGUUAAGGCGUGAAAGGAGAGCUCUUUUGUGUUUGUUACUAGUACUUGGAAUUGCUUUUAUCCCCGUCAUUCUAGAGAAGAUAAUGUAUAAAGUAACUCGUGAAACUCAUUGUUGGGAGUUUUCACCCAGUAUGUAUUUCCUUUCUCUGGAACAAAUCCCGAAGAUGCCUCUUACCAGCCUGUUAAUCAUUAAUAAUACAGGAUCAAAUAUUGAAGACCUCGUGCAUUCACUGAAGCGUCAGGAUAUAGUUUUGGAAAUAGAUGACUUUAGAAACAGAAAUGGCUCAGAUGAUCCCUCCUACAGUGGAGCCAUCAUAGUGUCUGGUGACCAGAAGGAUUACAGAUUUUCAGUUGCAUGUAAUACCAAGAAACUGAAUUGUUUUCCUGUUCUUAUGGGAAUUGUUAGCAACGCCCUUAUGAGAAUUUUUAACUCCACGGAGCUUAUUCAAACGGAGAGCACUUCAUUUGCUCGUGAUGACAUAGUGCUGGAUCUUGGUUUUAUAGAUGGGUCCGUAUUUUUGUUGUUGAUCACAAACUGCAUUUCUCCUUUUAUCGGCAUGAGCAGCAUCAGCGAUUAUAAAAAAAAUGUUCAAUCCCAGUUAUGGAUUUCAGGCCUCUGGCCUUCAGCAUACUGGUGUGGACAGGCUCUGGUGGACAUUCCAUUAUACUUCUUGAUUCUCUUUUCAAUACAUUUAAUUUACUACUUCAUAUUUCUGGGAUUCCAGCUUUCAUGGGAACUCAUGUUUGUUUUGGUGGUAUGCAUAAUUGGUUGUGCAGCUUCUCUUAUAUUCCUCACAUAUGUGCUUUCAUUUAUCUUUCGCAAGUGGAGAAAAAAUAAUGGCUUUUGGUCUUUUGGCUUUUUUAUUAUCUUAAUAUGUGUAUCCACAAUUAUGGUAUCAACUCAACAUGAAAAACCCAACUUAAUUUUGUGCAUGAUUUUCAUACCUUCCUUCACUUUGCUGGGAUAUGUCAUGUUAUUGAUCCAGCUCGACUUUAUGAGAAACUUGGACAGUCUGGACAAUAGAAUAAACGAAGUCAAUAAAACCAUUCUUUUAACAACCUUAAUACCAUACCUUCAGAGUGUUAUUUUCCUUUUUGUCAUAAGGUGUCUGGAAAUGAAGUAUGGAAAUGAAAUAAUGAAUAAAGACCCAGUUUUCAGAAUCUCUCCACGGAGUAGAGAAACUCAUCCCAAUCCAGAAGAGCCCGAAGAAGAAGAUGAAGAUGUUCAAGCUGAAAGAGUCCAAGCAGCAAAUGCACUCACUGCUCCAAACUUGGAGGAACCAGUCAUAACUGCAAGCUGUUUACACAAGGAAUAUUAUGAGACAAAGAAAAGUUGCUUUUCAACAAGAAAGAAGAAAAUAGCCAUCAGAAAUGUUUCCUUUUGUGUUAAAAAAGGUGAAGUUUUGGGAUUACUAGGACACAAUGGAGCUGGUAAAAGUACUUCCAUUAAAAUGAUAACUGGGUGCACAAAGCCAACUGCAGGAGUGGUGGUGUUACAAGGCAGCAGAGCAUCAGUAAGGCAACAGCAUGACAACAGCCUCAAGUUCUUGGGGUACUGCCCUCAGGAGAACUCACUGUGGCCCAAGCUUACAAUGAAAGAGCACUUGGAGUUGUAUGCAGCUGUGAAAGGACUGGGCAAAGAAGCUGCUGCUCUCAGUAUUUCAUGAUUGGUGGAAGCUCUCAAGCUCCAGCAACAACUUAAGGCUCCCGUGAAAACUCUGUCAGAGGGAAUAAAGAGAAAGCUGUGCUUUGUGCUGAGCAUCCUGGGGAACCCAUCAGUGGUACUUCUAGAUGAGCCGUUCACCGGGAUGGACCCCGAGGGGCAGCAGCAAAUGUGGCAGAUACUUCAGGCUACCGUUAAAAACAAGGAGAGGGGCGCCCUCUUGACCACCCAUUACAUGUCAGAGGCUGAGGCUGUGUGUGACCGUAUGGCCAUGAUGGUGUCAGAAACGCUAAGGUGCAUUGGUUCCAUUCAACAUCUGAAAAACAAGUUUGGUAAAGAUUAUUUACUAGAAAUAAAAAUGAAAGAAACUACCCAGGUGGAAGCUAUCCACGCAGAGAUUUUGAGGCUUUUCCCACAGGCUGCUCGGCAGGAAAGAUAUUCCUCUUUAAUGGUGUAUAAGUUACCUGUGGAGGAUGUCCACCCUCUAUCUUGGGCCUUUUUCAAGUUAGAGGCAGUGAAACAGACCUUCAACCUGGAGGAAUACAGCCUCUCUCAGGCUACCUUGGAGCAGGUAUUCUUAGAACUCUGUAAAGAGCAGGAGCUGGGAAAUGUUGAUGAUAAAAUUGAUACAACAGUUCAAUGGAAACUUCUCCCACAGGAAGACCCUUAAAAUGAAGAACCUCCUAACAUUCAAUUUUAGGUCCUACUACAUUGUUAGUUUCCAUAAUUCUACAAGAAUGUUUCCUUUUACUUCAGUUAACAAAAGAAAACAUUUAAUAGUUUAAACAUUCAAUAAUGAUUAAAGUUUUCAUUUUUAAAAAUUUAGGAUGAAGGAAACAAGGAAAUAUAGGGAAAAGUAGUAGACAAAAUUAACAAAAUCAGACAUGUUAUUCAUCCCCAACAUGGGUCUAUUUUGUGCUUAAAAAUAAUUUAAAAAUCAUAUAAUAUUAGGUUGGUUUUUGGUUAUUAUCAAUAAAGCUAACACUGAGAACAUUUUACAAAUAAAAAUAUGACUUUUUUAGCCUGAACUUCAAAUGUAUCAGCUAUUUUUAAACAUUAUUUACUCGGAUUCUAAUUUAAUGUGACAUUGACUAUAAGAAGAUCUGAUAAACUGAUGAAAUGGCACAGCAUAACAUUUAAUUAUAAUGAUAUAUUCUGAUUAUAAAAUAAAUACAUGUGAAUUUUAGUACAUAUUGAAGUUAUAUGGAAGAAGAUAACCAUAAUCAGUAAGAAAGUACCGCAGUUAAUAUUUUCUUUAACCAACUUACAUUCAAUGUAUUUUUUAUGGGUCCUUUUUCAAAGGUAGUAUCAGUAGGCAUAGUCAUUUUCUGUAUCUUUUCACCUCACAGUUCGUGAACACUUCCCAUGUCAUUAUAACACUUUUGUGUUAUAUAAUUGCUGCAUUAAUGUUAUAGCUGUAUUGAUGUAAUACCAGAGUUGUUAUGUUUGGGUUAUAUGCAAGUUUAUUUCUUAGAAACAAAACUUUGAUGGACUUUUCUUAUUUUUUUUUAUUAGAGUCUUAAGGUAAGUGGUUCAGAUAUCAACUGAUGGUUCUCUGUCUUCUGUAAGAUCCAUAUAACUUUAUUCUCUGACCUGUAAAAAAAGUCAUUAUUCAUCUGCUAUCAUUUGGAUAUUUGACCCUGUGAAUCUUAUGUUGAAAUUUGAUUCCCAGGGUUGGAGGUGGGGCCCAGUGGGAGGUGUUUGGGUCAUAGGGAUGUAUCCCUCAUGAAUUGCUUGGUGCUGUCUUUGCAGUUAUGAGUGAGUGCUCACUCUGUUAGUUCCCAGGGGAACUGGUAGUUAAAAAGAGUCUGGCAUCUUCUUCUCCCUCUCUCUGUCUCUCUCACCAUGUGAUCUUUGCACAUGCUGGCUCCACUUCACCUCUGCCAAGUAGAAGCAGUGUGAGGCCUCACUGGAUGCAGAUAUUGGCACCACGCUUCUUGUACAAACUGUGGUUUCGGAAUCCCAACUGAAAAAGUCAGCCUAAAAGUGUCCUGUGACACACCUGGGAAGAUAGGACGUCAGGCAAGCAACAACUUUAAUGCAAAAUGUAUCUUGUUCCAAAAGUGACAGGAGGACCACUGCCACAGAAACCACCCUAAAGUCAGAAGCGGCGGUAAGAAGAUAGGCCUGAUGGAAGCAGAGCUAACAUGCAGUUGCUGACUUUCAUAUGCUUCCAACAAGCAGAGUUUGCAGCAGAGCAAUAUGAAACAUUGAUUGGAUGAAUACAGAAGCAAAUGAAUCAGAAAAUUUAGCCGGAUUGUGUUAGAUUGGGUAAAAAAAAAAAAACAACUGUUGCAAAUAAAAUGAAUAUACAGUUAUUGCCCAUAAAUUCUCGGUGUCUCAAUCCAUUUAAUUAUUUUUGUUGCAAAAAUAUAAUAAAACAAGAUUUGCUUGAAAUAAAUCAGACACAGAAGAAAAAAUAUUGUAUGCUUACACUCAUGUGGAAUAUCUAUUAAUAAAUUAGGCACAUUCCCUGAGGCAGAAAGAAAUUAAAAAUUACUAGCGGCUCGGGGGAGGAGAGAGUGGGAGUUAUCACUUAAUGGUUACAGAAUUCCUGUUUGGGUUGAUGAAAAAUUUGAGAACUAGACAGUGGUGCUGGUUGCACAAUUUUGUGAAUGCAAUUAAUGUCACUGAAUUGUACACUUAA